AUGAUUUACUCAGCUUAAAAAACUAAGCAAACGAUACUUUUUUUAAGAGUUUAAAGAUAAAUGCAAAGGUAAAACAUUCUAUCAUAUGAUUCAAGAAGUAGUCAAAACUUAAUUCCCACAAUCCCACCAAUGAAAAUUUUUCAAUAAAUGGUAUUUAUAAAUACUGAGACUUUAAUUCGCAACGGAGACAUAGUUCUUUCUACUGUGCCGAGAAAUAAUCAAAGUUUUUUUCAACAAUAAUUUCUAAUGAAUGGAUAAGAUAUGGGUUGUCUUCUGAAUUUCUUAAAAACUGAUAAGACUAUCGAUGAACAAAAAGGUAUUACUUCAUGUCCAGAGUCUCACAAAGUGACUUAAUUGAAUACAGAGUCUUCAUUGAGAUUACAUUAAGCUGCUGCAACUGUUUAAAAACAAAAUGCAUAAGUGGGUAUUGCGUAUGCUUCAAUAAUGGCACUAAGAUGUGUACAAGUUGUUCAAAUCCCUAAUGUUUUAAUAAUGAAGAUCACAGAGAAGAAAGAGAUUCUCAGAUCCAAAGUUAGAGAAAAAAAAAUUAAUAUGCAUAUACUUAAAAAAACAUUGCAAGAGAAAAUUUAAAACGUAAAUCUAGAAAGAUUGAGAACCUUCUAACUUGUAAUUGCAAAACUUCUAAGAGAUGUGAAAAUAAUCAUUGUAAAUGCCGAUAGAAAGGUUAGAGAUGUAAUGUAAAAUGCAAAUGCAACCAUAAAUAUUGCUAAAAUAACUAGAGUGCAAACUCAAGAUAAACUAAUGAAAAAGAAUAAUAUUCACAUUAAUCUGACUCAUCUUACUGUGAGUGAGUUACCAACAGCAUUAUUAUAAAAAUGA